AUGUCGUCACCGUUUUCCCCAUCCCUCCCUAAUAAACUUAUUCUUUUGAGGAUUCUUCGUUGUCAAGCCGCCAAAGUGGAGAGUGUGAUUGCAGAAGGGGGUGCUUCUCGUUUCAGUGCUUCUUCGGGGGGAGGAGGUGGUAGGGGUGCACCUCAGCACUAUCCCAAGACUGUCGGCAACAGCGAGUUCCUGGGGAAAACCCCAGGGCAAAGCGUUCAGAGAUGGGUUCCUUCACGAAGCACUAGACGAGAUGUCAACUCCAGCAACGAAAAAGAACGACACGAUGCAAUCUUCAGGAAAGUGAGGGGCAUACUCAACAAACUCACGCCUGAGAAGUUUGACAAGCUAUGCCUUGAGCUCCUGAACGUGGGCGUAGAUUCAAAACUCGUCCUUAAAGGAAUCAUCUUGCUGAUUGUAGACAAAGCCCUAGAAGAGCCGAAGUAUAGCUCGCUCUAUGCUCAGCUAUGUCUGCGCUUGGCAGAGGACGCACCAAACUUUGAUGGCCCUUCAUCUGAGAUCCAGUCGACCCAAAAGCAGAGCACAACCUUCAGAAGACUGCUGAUUUCCAAGCUUCAAGAUGAAUUUGAAAACCGCACCAGAAAUGUUGAAAUCUAUGACAAACAUGACAACCCUCUCACUUCUGAGGAGGAGGAACAACGUGCCAUUGCCAAGAUCAAGAUGCUCGGCAACAUUAAAUUCAUCGGGGAACUUGGCAAACUCGACCUCAUCCAUGAAUCUAUCCUUCAUAAGUGCAUCAAAACACUUCUGGAAAAGAAGAAGAGAGUCCAGCUCAAAGAUAUGGGGGAGGACCUGGAGUGCCUCUGUCAGAUAAUGAGAACAGUGGGGCCGAGACUCGACCAUGAGAAAGCAAAGUCUUUAAUGGAUCAGUACUUUGGCCGUAUGCGAUCCUUAAUGAAUCACAAGGAGUUGCCCGCCAGGAUCCGCUUCCUGCUGCAAGACACAGUGGAGCUGCGAGAAAACAACUGGGUCCCCCGCAAGGCUUUCAUUGACAACGGACCAAAGACGAUUAACCAGAUCCGUCAAGAUGCAGUGAAAGAUCUGGGUGUUUUUAUCCCAGCACCCAUGUCUCAGGGGAUGAGGAUGGACUUUUUCCUGGAAAGCCCCUUCAUGCCCAACAGAAUGAAACUGGACAGAGAGACUCUUGGGGGAUUGGCCGACAUGUUUGGACAGAUGCCCGGUUGUGGGAUUGGAACUGGUCCAGGUGUUAUUCAGGACAGGUACUCGCCCACCAUGGGACGCCACCGCACCAAUCCACUCUUCAAUGGCCACAGCGGUCACAUUGCCCCUCCACCCCAGUCACAAUUUGACAUGGGGCCCAAGUCUUUUGUCAAGUCUAACCAGGUUCAGAACCAGCAUUUCCUCAACCAGAACCAGAACCACUUGGCCCAGCAGCAGGUCCAGUCCAAGGACAUGCCUCCACGAUUCAGUAAGAAAGGACAGCUCAAUGCUGACGAGAUCAGCCUGAGGCCAGCUCAGUCAUUCCUCCUCAACAAGAACCAAGUUCCCAAACUUCAGCCUCAGAUCCCCACCAUGAUGCCUCCCAGUGCUCAGCCACCGCGCACCCAAACUCCACCCCUGGGACAGCCUCCACAGCUUGGCCUCAAGACCAAUCCUCCACCCAUCCAAGAGAAACCUCAGAAGACAAACAAGAAACCACCACCUGCUAAGGAGGAACUUCUGAAGAUGACGGAGGCAAUCAUGACUGAGUACUUGAACAGUAAGAACCUGACUGAGGCCGUGAGUGGCGUCAGAGACAUGAAGGCUCCGAAGCAUUUCUUACCUGAGAUGCUCAGCAAGAUCAUCGUGUUCUCCCUGGAUCGUACCGACGAGGACAAGGAGCACGUCAGCACUCUGAUCCACACGCUUCGCACCGAGGGCCUCGUCACUGGAGAGAACUUCAUGCAGGCCUUCCUGAAUGUCCUGGACCAGUGCCCUAAGAUCGAGGUGGACGUGCCGCUGGUGAAGUCCUACCUGGCUCAGUUCGCGGCCCGGGCCAUCAUCGCGGAGCUGGUGAGCGUGGCAGAGCUGGCUCACCCCCUGGAGAACGGCACCCACUUCCCACUCUUCCUUCUGUGCCUGCAACAGACGGCCAAACUGAAGGACCGGGAGUGGCUCACUGACCUGUUCCAGCAGAGCAAAGUCAACAUGCAGAAGAUGCUCCCAGAAAUCGAUCAGAAUAAGGACCGCAUGUUGGAGAUCCUGGAAGGGAAGGGCCUGAGCUUCCUGUUUCCACUGCUGAAGCUGGAGAAGGAGCUGCUGAAGCAGAUCAAGGCAGACCCGUCUCCACAGUCCAUCUACAAGUGGAUCAAAGACAACAUCUCUCCAAAGCUCCACACUGAUAAAGGAUUUGUCAACAUCCUCAUGACCAGUUUUCUGCAGUUCAUCUCCCAGGAGCUGUGCAUGGCGGAGUGUGACGAGCAGCUAGCAGCCCCCUCCAAGGAGCAGCUGGAGCAGGAAAAGCAGCUGCUGCUGGCCUUCAAGCCCGUCAUGCAGAAGUUCCUGCACGACCACACAGAGCUGCAGGUCAGCGCCCUCUACGCCCUGCAGGUCCACUGCAACGCCAGUGGUUUCCCUAAAGGCAUGCUGCUGCGCUACUUUGUCAACUUUUAUGACAUGGAGAUCAUUGAAGAAGAAGCCUUCCUCGCAUGGAAAGAAGAUAUAACCCAAGAAUUCCCUGGAAAAGGAAAAGCUUUGUUCCAGGUAAACCAGUGGCUGACCUGGCUGGAGACGGCAGAGGAGGAAGAGUCCGAGGACGAAGCAGACUGAGAGUCCAACAGAAUCAGAAUGGUGUAGAUGAUGACCUCCUCAACUAUUACUCCACUUUUUUUUUACUCUGUGUUUAAUCCAACCACUGGGGGGCCCUCCGCCGCAGCCCUUCAGCCGUUAAUACCGCGAUCGUGUCCACGUAGGUCAUCACACGUUACCAUCCUGUGCCAUGAUGAUAGGCUGAGACGCAUCAUUUUGAUUUGUUGUCUGAUUCUUCUUGGAUGUGUGUCCUGAUCAGCCACAUGAAGUCUUGAGUGGCUCCGUUCAAAUUUGAGUCUUUUUUUUGUUUGUAUCCUGACUGUUGUAGGUUUGAAACUGUUUUUUUUUCUUUUUGCAUGUGUUUAAUUCCACAUUUCUCUCCCCUUGUAGGAACCAUCUUUAUUUAAUGGUCCAAUGUGCAGUGAUUUAGCGUCACACGUUGUCACAAUAAGUUCACACGUCAAACAAAAGCAGCUGUAAGAGAAUUCAUGCAUUUAAAAAGAAAACAGGACGAGUUGUUCUGAAAGAUUUUCAGGGCGAGCUUUCACACGCUCCCUCAUUCCUCUGUUCAACCUCUGACGCAGCAGCUCAGAGGGUCAGCUGUCCCCCGACAACACGUAGAAAUGAAGCCUAAUGUGGUGAAAUAAGAGAAUUUGACAAACUUGUUAGUGAUCUCCUGUAAGACCCUGGUCAGAACCUGGUCAGAACCUGGUGUCAACAUCAUCCCAUCAAUGUCUGAUCACCAGGCACAAAAAACCCAUUUGGUGUCAGAGCCACAGGGUUAAACUUGGCUUUUACACAUGAACAGAUGAACUGGUGCUGCCCUCCUGUGGUCAGAUCAGAGCAGAGUUCAAACUGGGUCUAAACUUUGACACACGGUAAAAAAUAAAUAAAUAAACAGUUUAUUAACUGCUAGACAUGAAUUCAACCUUUACUUACUUAAAAAUACUGUUUACCACUUUCUUUUUUUGUUUUUUUAUAAAAGUGCUCUUCAUUGACACUGACGAGCAUCUUCCUUUUAUUACGAUUUUUUCAUUCUCCCUUGACACGACACAGCGCCCCCUUCCUUUUGUUUCUUUUUUUGACUUUUAUUACACGAGUGGUUGCAAUACGUACGCUCCAAAUGUUACAGUACAUGAAAAAAGUCAUCGGUGUGAAGUCGCCUGUGUUUCUACCUCUUAAUUCAAAUUGUUUGGUUGGUUUUUCAAUGUCUGGUGCCGGGAUCAGAGGAAUCUCUCAGAUCCACAGCAGAUGCUGAGCAGAAGUCGAACAGGAGUUUAUGGAGGCCAACGGUUUGACUUCAGACAGUUAACAAAUGUCAGUAUUUAUCAGACAAACAGACAAACGCGUCCCUUUGAUUUAAAUUGGCUCAAUGACCGACUACCUUGUUCAUGGAUGUGAACAACGCCUUCUACCCUCACUGUUGAUCUUUGAAGACGACGAUGGAUUUGGAUCACUGUGUAAACUACUCUGAGUUAUCGUGCACCUCUGUUGCUUUAAUGUCAAUAAAGUCAAGAACAUGAGCA